GGAAAAGCUUCAGCGGGUAUCAGCAGUUGGGAACUGUAAACACUAUCUUCCAAGGCUACUUCUCUCUGUCAUUGGGAUGGAAAUAUAAGGGUGACGUGAAUCAGAUAUUGUUCUUCAGUGCAUGGACACAAAGCCAAUGCGCAGGGCCACCAGCGCACGUCAAGACGCCACUGGAAUGGACAUCACCAGCCGCUGUACUCUGGGGGACCCCAACAAGCUGCCUGAAGGGGUCCCCCAGCCAGCACGCAUGCCUUACAUAUCGGACAAACACCCAAGGCAGACUCUGGAAGUGAUCAAUCUACUGAGGAAACACAGGGAGCUGUGUGACGUGGUGCUGGUGGUGGGCGCCAAGAAGAUUUACGCUCAUCGUGUGAUCCUCUCCGCCUGCAGCCCGUAUUUUAGGGCGAUGUUUACUGGGGAGCUGGCAGAGAGCAGGCAGACUGAAGUGGUUAUCCGUGACAUUGAUGAGCGAGCCAUGGAGCUGCUCAUUGACUUUGCCUACACCUCACAGGUGACAGUGGAGGAGGGGAAUGUCCAGACGCUGCUUCCUGCCGCCUGUCUUCUCCAGCUGGCUGAGAUCCAGGAGGCCUGCUGCGAGUUUCUAAAGAGACAGCUGGAUCCAUCCAACUGUCUGGGCAUCAGGGCCUUCGCCGACACCCACUCCUGUCGGGAACUGCUGCGAAUUGCAGACAAGUUCACACAGCAUAAUUUUCAGGAGGUAAUGGAAAGUGAGGAGUUCAUGCUGCUUCCUGCCAACCAGCUGAUUGACAUCAUCUCCAGCGAUGAGCUGAAUGUGAGGAGUGAGGAGCAGGUUUUUAACGCCGUAAUGGCAUGGGUGAAAUACAGCAUCCAGGAACGCAGACCCCAGCUGCCCCAGGUUCUGCAGCAUGUACGUUUGCCACUAUUAAGUCCUAAGUUUCUGGUGGGGACCGUUGGUUCAGACCCACUGAUCAAAAGUGAUGAAGAGUGCAGAGACCUGGUUGAUGAGGCCAAAAACUACCUUUUGCUUCCACAAGAGCGGCCGCUGAUGCAGGGCCCCAGAACCCGCCCUCGAAAACCCAUUCGAUGCGGAGAAGUUCUUUUUGCAGUGGGUGGCUGGUGCAGCGGAGACGCCAUUUCCAGCGUGGAGCGCUACGACCCGCAGACUAACGAGUGGCGCAUGGUGGCCUCGAUGAGCAAACGGCGAUGUGGAGUCGGCGUCAGCGUCCUCGAUGACUUGUUGUAUGCGGUGGGCGGUCACGACGGCUCUUCAUAUCUCAACUCUGUGGAGAGAUAUGAUCCUAAAACCAACCAGUGGAGCAGUGACGUCGCCCCCACCAGCACUUGUCGAACCAGCGUGGGUGUCGCUGUGCUGGGUGGAUUUCUGUAUGCUGUCGGAGGACAGGAUGGAGUGUCUUGUCUCAACAUUGUUGAAAGGUAUGAUCCAAAGGAAAACAAGUGGACUCGUGUGGCCUCAAUGAGCACCAGGCGGCUUGGUGUAGCUGUCGCUGUGCUGGGAGGAUUUCUUUAUGCUGUCGGAGGGUCUGAUGGGACAUCUCCUUUAAACACGGUGGAGCGCUACAACCCUCAAGAAAACCGCUGGCACACGGUGUCUCCCAUGGGAACGAGACGAAAGCACCUCGGAUGCGCGGUCUACCAGGACAUGAUUUACUCUGUUGGGGGGAGGGACGACACCACAGAGCUGAGCAGCGCAGAAAGAUACAACCCCAGGACCAACCAGUGGUCACCGGUUGUAGCUAUGACGUCCAGGCGUAGUGGGGUGGGCUUGGCAGUAGUGAAUGGUCAGCUGAUGGCGGUAGGCGGCUUUGAUGGGACAACAUAUUUAAAAACUAUAGAAGUAUACGACCCGGACGCCAACACAUGGAGGUUGUACGGUGGAAUGAACUACCGCCGGUUAGGUGGAGGAGUGGGCGUCAUCAAAAUGACUCACUGUGAAUCUCACAUAUGGUAACGGCACCCCCCUCAUGCGUCGCUCGCCUCGCAUACUUUCACUUCUCAUGACGUCUCGAUGGAUAUUUAAGCCGCUCUCGUGCCUCUAAAAGCGACAAGGAUAAGAGAAACGUGGGAGUGGGCAUCUUGAACUCUGGUCCAUCCCCAAGCGUCACUCAGAGGUCAUUAAGUUCAUCCUGGCUGUUUUUUUUACAUUUUUUUUUUAUGUCUGAUCAACUGUGCUCAUUGCAAACUGAGGAGGGAGCAAAGUUUACAGAACCUCACUAAGCUUCCAGUUUGGACGGAAACGUAAGGAUUUUUUGUCGUCCAAGCCUCACGGUCUGGGUUUGAAUCAGCAUGUGUGACAGAUGGAGCACGCUACGCACAUCACUGCUACCGGAGGAACAUAAUCUGAUCUGUGAGUUUCAGAGAAAGGAGGAUGUUGGAAAGAACUGGUUCACUAGACAAAGUUUGUAAGAACCUUGGCAACCUAAAGUGACUUUUUUUUGUUUUUUCAAAUCGGCAGCCACCAGAAUAUUGUCUUCAAGAGACAAUGGUGCACACCGACGGUCAGGAGCGAAUCUGUGCUUUGUUUCGGUCCCUUGUAGUUUUUAAACUUGCAUCUCAGCUGUGGCUUCACAGCUUAUGCCACAGUUUUGCGGGAUUGAGACUUCACACAAUAAAUUGUUACAGGCCUGUACAGUUGGAUGUAAUAGGCAAUACGGUGUAAAUGGGACUGUAAUUGUUACCAUUUUUAGAGUUAAGUUAAAAUGGUCUAGCUGGUGAAUGAAAAGAAACCAAGGUCACCAAACAGUGUAACUGUUUUUUUUAGGUAAUUCCAUGGCUGAAUCUUAAAGGCAUAAUAACUGAGACUUAACAUGAACAUUAGGUUUAAGUACCUCCCACACAACUCAUCUGUCCCAGAUGACAAAUGUUUGAAUUCACCUCAAGAAGUAAGCAGCCACUUUUCCAUCAAAGUCUGAAAUGACUUAAAAUACUGAUGGUUUUUGUUCUUAAACCUAAAAGAAAAAUCCCCAAAACUAUUAUCUUUAGCAAAUAAAAACAGGCAAUUUCUGCUGUUGAAUAAUUCACAUUUGACGUAGGACUGAAAGAAAACUUAACGAAGGAUUAUAUGACCUGAUUCAGCAAUGUGCCUCUGGUUCGCUGAAUAGUUUUGUUCUGGGGAAAACAGUAGAACUGAAGAAUAAGUCUGUAGUGUCAGAAUUGAUUCUUCCUUUUUAGUGUGGUAAUAAGGUAAACAUAUGCAACAUUAAAGUUGCCAGGGGGGUAAAAAAAAAAAAAAUUGUAGUGCUUAGAAUUCAGCUUGGUGUACAAAAUCUAACCAACAUGGAUAGUUUUAAGAAAUGACACCAUUGUUUUGACUUCUUUUGGAUCAUCUGAGUUACCGUAGACACAUCCAGGCAUACCAUUAUCCAUCUCCAUUUAGAUCCAUAACGUUCCCAAUUCCAUUAUCCGGAAACUGUGUUGCAUUAUUUUUAAGUCUGUGCUCAACAUAUCUGCUCUAAAUGCAGUUAAAACGAGUUUCUGUAAAAGUGACGAGUAAAGUAGCACUAAAGGUUCUGAUACUGGUUUACAUAACCAUAAGACUUUAUGGCACAAAACCAUGGUCUGCUCCUUGUCUUGUUUUUGUUUUUUUAACUAAAGUUGCGGAUCACAGUGGCGCCACCUACUGGAUAUAUGGUAUGCUACACUAAAUCAAAAAGAGUCGCUGAUCUCAGCUCGGUGUAAGAAUUACAGCCAGCAUACAUGGGAAAAGGGGUUUGGAUACAUAUACUGCACUGUGACUGUGUUCACGUUUUAAUUUUUUGCUUUUAAAACUUGUUUUGUAGGGAGCUGGAGGGAGGCUUCCAUUUCAAAGAGAAGCUUAAUAUCAUCAAAAGUUUCAAUUGGAAAUGAGACAUUUCAGGAUUUUUAGAGCUGGAAUUAUGUAGGAGAAACGCUUGCUGGGAUUUGCUCCGUUACAUGCAGUUCAUCUGCGCUCUGUUCCACUAAACCAGCACACGCACACGCAUGCACACAGGCACACACAUGCACACAGGCACACACAUGCACAUAGAUGCACACACACAUAGGCGCGGCUGAAACGGAUGCAGGCAGGUGUAGUUAUUUUUAAACAAUUUUCUGUGCGAGAAGGACCUAAUAUGAAUGUAUGUGAAUAUUCAGCGGUUUGUUGACGUGUGGAGUCGGCCUUCAAGCAGGUGUUCAGCAUGACCCCCAGCCGUUUAUGCUGUUGAAAGCUCACUUGAACUUUUGAAUCGAAACACUUCCUGCCUUUUUUGUUGUUUUGUUUUUUUUGUUGUAAGCCGACAUUGAAGAUGGGCUCUGGAGCAUGCCAUACGUGUAUAUUAGUUGUGACAUAUAUUUCAUGCUGUCAGUUGCUUAACAAAACAAAUUACUGUUUGACUAACUGUGGUUGCCUCACAAAAGAAACUGUUCUAUUUAAAACUUCAUAAAUAUCUCUGCUUUUAUCCUGGGCAAUCCACUUACUGUUCAGUUCUUUUCUCUACAGCUAUUAUUUACCACAGGCUAAUAAACUGCUCUAUUCUCACUGUCUGAAA